AUGCAGGAAAGCUGCUUCGUGGAAGGGCUGGCACCGCGACGACGUGGCCCCAGCAGCCAGGGUGUCAUCCAGCUAGGCGAGCAGGAGGCGCGGGCUGCCCUGGCUGUCCGUCUGCCCUGGGGCUCACAGCACCGGCGCCUCCCACCCAGGGACCUGGAGGAUGCCGACCUGCUCAUCCAGCUGGAGGCCUUCGAGGAGGCCAAGGCUGAGGACGAGGAGGAGCUGCGGGUCUCUGGCGGGGUGGAUAUGAGCAGCCACCAGGAGGUCUUCGCCUCCCUGUUCCACAAGGUGGGCCUGGAGGGACAGUGCGGCCACUGGACGGGGCAGGGCUGCCCAGCCAGCACAGUAGCCCAGGGUGCGGCCGCCCCGGUGAGCUGCUCCCCCGUGUCAGCACACCUGCUGUCUGUACUGCAGGGCCUCCUGCACCUGGAGGCCACCUGCCCCUGCAGCCAGCUGCUCUGGGAGGCGCUCGACAGUCUGGUGAACCGCGCCGUGCUCCUGGCCAGCGACGCCCAGGAGUGCACCCUGGAGGAGGUGGUUGAGCGACUCCUGUCCAUCAAGGGGCGGCCCCAGCUGAGGUCCCUGGACAAGGCCCACAAGGGCAUCCAGCCACCCCUGCCAGGCUUGGGGGCCUUGUCUCCCUCAGUGCCACCUCCACCACCCCUACCUGGCUCCUAUGGGGGCCAUCCUCCACCACCUCCACCGCUCCCGGGCAUGGGGUGCCCUCCCCCGCCUCCGCCUCCACUGCCUGGAGUGGGCUGGGGUCCCCCUCCUCCUCCCCCGCUGCCUAGCGGCUCCAACCUCCCAGCGGGGGGUGUUGUUGAGGAGGUCAUCGUCGCCCAGGUGGACCACAGUCUCUGUCUGUCUGGCAAGCGCACGCGGCAGGGCGGGGCUGUGGGCUCCUCUGGCAGCGGCCCAGCUCCGUGAGCCUGGCUCGGCGCCCACCUGCCCCUCGCUGCAGAUCGCAACUCCAUGUGGGCGUCUCUGAGCAGCCCGGGCUCUGAGGUGGUGGAGCCCGACUUCUCCAGCAUCGAGCGGCUCUUCUGCUUCCCUGUGGCCAAGCCCAAGGAGCCGGUGGUGGUGGCUGCCCCAGCCAGGAGGGAGCCCAAGGAGAUCACGUUCCUUGACUCAAAGAAGAGCCUGAACCUGAACAUCUUCCUGAAGCAGUUCAGAUGCUCCAAUGAGGAGGUCACUGCCAUGAUCCGGGCAGGGGACACCACCAGGUUUGACGUGGAGGUCCUCAAACAGCUCCUCAAGCUCCUGCCGGAGAAGCACGAGGUGGCAAACCUCCGGACGUUCACGGAGGAGCGCAGCAAGCUGGCCAGCGCUGACCAGUUCUACGUCCUCCUGCUGGACAUUCCCUGCUACCAGCUGCGCGUCGAGUGCAUGCUGCUGUGUGAGAGCUCGGCCGCCCUGCUGGACAUGGCACGGCCCCAGGCCCAGCUGGUGCUCGGCGCCUGCGAGAGCCUGCUCGCCAGCCGCCAGCUACCCACUUUCUGCCAGCUGAUCCUGAAGAUCGGGAACUUCCUCAACUAUGGCAGCCACACGGGGGACGCCGACGGCUUCAAGAUCAGCACCUUGCUGAAGCUCACCGAGACCAAGUCCCAGCAGACCCGCGUGACGCUGCUGCACCACGUGCUGGAGGAAGUGGAACAGAGCCACCCGGACCUGCUGCAGCUGCCCCAGGACCUGGAGCAGGCCUCCCAGGCCGCAGGGGUCAACCUGGAGGUGAUCCGCUCAGAGGCCAGCACCAGCCUGAAGAAGCUGCUGGACGCAGAGCGGAGGGUGUCGGCCGCGCAGCGCGAGGUGCAGGAGCAGUAUGCUGCGCGUCUGCAGGCCAGCAUCGCAGCCUCCCAGGAGCUGGGUCAGGUGCUGGAGGCUGUCGAGAGGAGGAGGCUGGAGCUGGCCGACUACCUGUGCGAGGACCCGCAGCAGCUCUCCCUGCAGGACACCUUCGGCACCAUGAAGGCCUUCCGUGACCUCUUUAUCCGCGCUCUGAAGGAGAACAGGGACCGGAAGGAGCAGAUGGCAAAGGCAGAGAGGAGGAAGCAGCAGCUGGCUGAGGAGGAGGCCCGAAGGCCUCAGGGAGAAGAUGGGAAGCCUGGCAGGAGGGCGCCCGGCAGGCAGGAGGAAGUGUGUGUGAUUGACGCCCUGCUGGCCGACAUCAGGAAGGGCUUCCAGCUGCGGAAGACCGCCCGCGGCCGUGGGGACGCCGAUGGGGGCAGCAAGGCGUCCCCCGUGGACACCCUGAGGGCCACAGAGCCUGCAGCCACCAGCAGUCUCACCACUGAGCCGGGCCCUGCUGGUGGGCCCCGGGGCUUGGACCUGGUGGACGCCGUGCCCCCCAGCCCACGGCCCCACAGCAAGCAGUCGGAGGAGGGUAGUCCUGGGGCCCGGGGGAGGCGUAGCUCCUGGUACACAGAUAGCAGCGACAUCCUGGCCACUGGGGGCACCUGGAGCUCCCAGCCCGCCACAGGGGCCUGGCCGGUGACUCUGGGAGACGCUCAGGCCCUGAAACCCCUCAAGUUCUCCAGCGCCAAGCCUUCUGGGGCCAGGAGUUCAAGCCAAGACACUGACCUUCCAGUCUCACCGGGCGGCCCCGGCCAGGGGCUGGAGGACAUGACUGGCCCUCCUGAGGACAGGGGUGAGGACGACACGGCCCCAGAGUCCGCCCUGGACACGUCCCUGGACAAGUCCUUCUCUGAAGACACGGUCACUGACUCCUCGGGGUCUGGUGCCCUCCCCCGAGCCCAGGGCCGGGCUUCAAAGGGAA